AACUAAUUAACCUUCAAAAUCAAAAUUCUCAUAUCUAUCUAUCCAUCGUCAUGUCAUCUACAAGAGAAACUAUUCAAGAUCCUUUGAAACCGGGGAAGUUUCUGGUUUUCCCAACAAUAAAACCGAGUGACCUUUUUUCUCUAUUCAUGAAGGCCACUCUUGCCAUUUUCGUUUUCCUUUCCAUCUAUCUCUUCUUCUACCACUCUUUUACAACGCAUAUUCAAGUCCACUCUUGCCCUCAAUGUGACGGAUUAAUCACUCAACAGAAAUUCAUCAACAUUGUUAAUACUAAUAACAAUACUUCCAUCAGUUAUGAUAAGACAAAUAUAUCCCACAUUUUGUUUGGUAUCGGCGGCUCAGCAAAGUCAUGGGACACCCGCCGGCAUUACUCUGACUUAUGGUGGAGGCCUAACAUUUCCCGUGGGUACGUUUGGCUGGAGGAGAAGCCGAACCGAACUUGGCCGGAGACAUCGCCACCGUACAAAGUCUCCGAGGACACAUCGAGGUUUAAAUACACUAGCUGGUACGGUUCACGCUCUGCUGUUCGUAUUGCUCGUAUUGUGAAAGAAAGUUUCGAGCUUGGAUUGGAUAAUGUAAGGUGGUUCGUUAUGGGAGACGACGACACAGUUUUUUUUGUGGAGAACUUGAUCACCGUGUUAGGGAAAUAUGAUCAUAAUCAGAUGUAUUACAUUGGUGCCAAUAGUGAGAGUAUUGAGCAGGAUAUUAUACAUUCCUACACCAUGGCUUACGGUGGCGGCGGCUUCGCUAUCAGCUACCCUUUAGCCGCUGAGCUCGUGAGGGUUUUAGAUGGAUGCAUUGAUCGAUACGCGUCGUUUUAUGGGUCUGAUCAGAAAGUACAAGGUUGCAUGGCUGAGAUCGGUGUACCCGUUACUAAAGAACUUGGUUUUCAUCAGGUUGAUAUAAGAGGGAACCCGUAUGGCUUACUGGCGGCGCACCCACUGGCUCCAUUGGUGUCACUACAUCAUUUGGACUACGUGGAAACUAUUUUUCCGCAAAUGUCUCAGAUUGACUCACUCAAGAAGUUAAUUAGUGCAUACAAAAUGGACCCUGAUCGGGCUCUGCAGCAUAGUUUCUGUUAUGAUUUUAGCCGAAACUGGUCCGUUUCUGUGUCUUGGGGUUACACGGUGCAGUUGUAUCCAUCCUUGGUGACGGCAAAGAAGCUGGAAACAGCAUUUUCGACGUUUAAGACAUGGAGGAGUUGGAGCGACGAGCCAUUCCAGUUUAACACCCAAGUCAUGAGCCCUGACCCGUGUGAAAGACCGCUUAUUUAUUUGUUGGAUCGGGUUGAGAAGGUUGGAAAGGACAAGACCUUGACGACGUACAAAAGAUUCAUAAAUGAAAAUGAAGAAAUUUGUGAUGGACUUGACUAUGCUCCGGCUUUGGCCGUCCAAUCUUUCAGCAUCUAUGCCUCCACAUUGACACCUGACGUUUGGAAAAUGGCGCCACGUAGACAGUGUUGCGAGGUCAUCAACGGUGGAAAAGGGACAAAGAGAGAAAGAGUUGUCCAGGUCAAGAUUAGAGGCUGCAAUAAAUUCGAGAGUGUCACUCCAGCUUAGAAGAAGCCAACAUUUAUACACCAACAUUCACAGUUUCAUAAAGCGGUCUAUAAGACACGCAAUUGAUUGACUGUGAACUGUAAAGUUAUUCACACGGCACCGUUUGGCUCAACCUGGUUGCCGAGAAGGAGAAGCGCCUUGCUUCCACCCGUAAAUAUUCAUUUGUAUAUUUACGGCAUCAGUAUUCAGCUGUGUAUGUCUUGAGAGAAUAUUCCAAAUAUUUUUUUUAUUGAUUAUUUUUUGUUUUUUUAUUGGAACUCAACCAGACAACUAGA